GACGAUGGAUACAGUGCAGAUUGCAGUUGUCGGCGCAGGUGUGAUUGGGCUCUCCACUGCACUGUGCAUUUCCAAACUGGUCCCACGGAGCUCCAUCACGGUGAUCUCAGACAAGUUUACUCCCGACACCACUAGUGACGUCGCAGCUGGAAUACUUAUUCCUCACGCUUAUGCAGACACACCCAUUCACAAGCAGAAGCAAUGGUUUAGAGAGACCUUUGAUCACCUGCUCGCCAUCGCCAAUUCUGCAGAAGCUAAAGACGCUGGUGUUCUCCUGGUGUCUGGCUGGCAGAUAUUUCAAAAUCUUCCUACUGAAGAAGCGCCAUUCUGGGCUGAUGUGGUUCUGGGAUUCCGAAAGAUGACUGAGGCUGAGCUGAAGAAAUUCCCCCAACACGUGUUUGGCCAGGCUUUUACGACCCUGAAAUGUGAAGGCCCUGCCUACCUCCCCUGGUUGGAGAAAAGGGUAAAAGGGAGUGGAGGCCUGAUACUCAAGCGGCGAAUAGAAGACCUGUGGGAGCUGCAUCCAUCCUUUGACAUCGUGGUCAACUGUUCAGGCCUUGGAAGCAGAGAGCUCGCAGGAGACUCAAAGAUUCUCCCUGUAAGGGGCCAAGUGCUCAAAGUUCAGGCUCCCUGGGUGAAGCAUUUUAUCCGAGACGGGAGUGGGCUGACUUAUAUUUACCCAGGUGCUACCAAUGUAACCCUGGGUGGAACUAAGCAAAAAGGAGACUGGAAUCUGUCUCCAGACCCAGAAAUUAGCAGAGAUAUCCUUUCCCGAUGUUGUGCCCUUGAGCCCUCCUUGCAUGGAGCUUACCACAUAGAGGAGAAGGUGGGCUUGAGGCCAUUUAGGCCUGCUGUGCGGCUGCAGAAAGAGCUCCUAGUCCAGGAUGGCAGGAAGCUGCCUGUUGUCCACCACUAUGGCCAUGGGAGUGGGGGUAUCUCUGUGCACUGGGGCAUGGCUUUGGAGGCCUCCAAGCUGGUAAGUGAGUGGGUCCAUACCCUGAGGACCUCUGCUCCCAAAGCAAAGCUGUAGGUGACAUGACAUGAUAACAAAUGGCCCCAGAAACUAUUGAUUGGAGCACAAUUUAAGCACUGGAUCAGGUUCAAAUAACUUUUCUAUUGCAUGCAAGUUUAAUUAGACAUUACUUUGUCUUCAAAACUAGCAAAGGAUUUAACAUGUAUUAGACUUAGGAAAUCUAGUACUAAGGUCAUAGGGCUUAAAGCUCUAUUUUUGUUAAAAAUACUUGUUAUAAAGUAAGAUUUCUUUUAAAUCUGGUGUCCAAGGAUCUAUGCUAAUUUAUAUAGACGGUGGCAGCUGUAGGCAUUUUGACAUCUUUUUUGGCUCAUAAAUCCACAGGAGAUGAUGUAUGGAAAACACUUCAAUCACGGUCACUUAUAGAGAUGCCCGUGAUUCUCUUAGGUUUUAGCCAAGUGAGGAUUGUAAUCCUUCUAAAUAAAAUUACAUGGCAUCACUCAAUACAGACUUAUUACAUUUAAUUGAAGACAAAGCAUGAUUACUGCUAAGACCAGUGGUAACCUCUUUCCUACCAUCAGCUAGUAAUGAUGGUAGAAGAUGAGGGUGAAGUUGCCUAAGGAUGUGGCAUCGGCUCAGUUUCCCCACCCCUUCCUCCUACUGCAAAUGAUUGAGAGCUGGCUUCUCAUAUGGCUGACUUUGCCUAAGUGUUUUUGAAAAUUGAACAUCAUGUGCGGCCAAAGAGCUAAUUUGCUAAUUAAGAUGGAACAAUAAUUCCAAAAGAAAUAUAACCAAAGGGUUCUCUGCAAGUUGUCAAAAAGUAUUGGGGAAAGGGAGGGGCAUGUCUCAUGGCCAAAUGAAUUUGGGGAUUAUUUAGUUCGAUAUAUUUAACCUGGCUUCUUGACUCAGGUUUACUUGAACCCUUUAAUGUGUUCAUGUACAUUGUGUUUUUGUCUUGGGUGAAUGGUAAAAAGCAGGUAAACCUAUAACUGUCAAAUGGCCUCCAACUCAUGGCGAUCCCAUGUGUUUUUCAAUGCCUGAUUAGUUGGAAGUAGGUACCAGGCCUUUCUUCUGAGGUGCCUCUGGGUGGAUUCAAACCACCAAUCUUUCAGUUAGUAGCAAGCCAAGCGUACGUUAGCCAUUUACACAACCCAAGGACUCACCAGUGUACUGUUGUUGUUGUUAGGUGCCAUCAAGUCAGUUCCAGCUCAUAGCGACCCUAUAGGACAGAGUAGAACUGCCCCAUAGGGUUUCCAAGGAGCCACUGGUGGAUUUGAACUGCUGACCUUUUGGUUAGCUGCUGAGCUCCUAACUACUAUGCCACCAGUGCACUAAAAAAACAAACCCAUUGCCAUCAACUUGAUUCCAACUCAUAACAACCUUAUAGGACAGGGUAGAACUGCCCCAUAGGGUUUCCAAGGAGCCACUGGUGGAUUCAAACUGCCAACCUUUUAGUUAGCAGAAGUAGCUCUUAACCACUAUGCCAUCAGGGUUUCCACCAGUGUACCAGUUGUUCUUAUACAUUCCUUGUUAGUUGGUUCUAAUUCAUGGUUACCCCAUGUGCUGUAGAGUAGCACUGUUCCAUACGGGUUUUGAGGCUGUGGCCUUUUGGAAGCAGAUAGCCAGGCCUGUCUUCCGAGGUGCCUUUGGGUGUGUUCGUCAAACAUUAGGGGAGUAGGCAAACACUUAACCAUCACUGCAUUAAAAUUCUCAAGCGAAAUCAAGUGUGGGCUCUUUUCCACAGAUUUCCACCAGGGGGUGUUAUUGUAUCAAAUUCUGAUAAUUUGAAAAUUUAGAAAGGACUAGAAAUAGAAAAUAGAUAGCAGGUAUGUGUGUGUGUGAUUCAUUUGAGGCUUUCGAGUUUACAUGUCCCCAACUGCAAAUGUUCUGAAUUCUGUCUAAAGUAUUCGAGAAAUGUACAAGCUUAGAUAGACUGAAAACACACACACAGACACAUAUACACAAUCCAUGAGAAACAGUGUGUUCACUGAAAUGGCACUUUAAAGGGAAGAAAUAAAAAUUCUAAAUGUUUGAAAAUGCUGCUCAGAAUAGGUAGCAUUUCAAUAGUUUUACAGCUGCUUUGAGCUCGUUUAUUUGUUCCUUAUGCCCAGGGUUUAGAUCCUGUAGCAUUUUCAUUUCAUGUAAGAUGGCUCACGCUCUAGGACUUUUUCCUGUUUGCUGCUCUAGUUUGUUUUCACUUUGCAGUUUAUAUUUCUAAAGCCUAACAUUACAAGACUUGAGAAAGUAGUCGUGGCUACAUGCUCUAAAUUCAUAUUCGCUAAUUGUUAAAUCUUUGUUCCCAGUGUCUCUCAAAGGUUUAUUUACCUUGGUCAGUAGCUGCCAACCCAUGCUACACAUUAGGAGGAUCAUAUGGGAAGUUUGAAAAAACACUGAUGCCAGUCUUGCCCAAUUGAUGCCUUUGAGUUGAUCCUGACUCAUGGUGACCCGAUGUGUGCAUAGUAGAACUGCUCCACAGGAUUUUGAAGACUAUGACCUUUCAGAAGCAGAUCGUCAGGCCUGUCUUCUGAGGAGCGGCUGGUGCGUUCCAACCGCCAGCCUUUCAGUUAGCAGCAGAGCGCCUAACCACUGCGUUACCAGGGCUCCUCAGCCUUGUGCUAAACCCAUUGCUGGAGAGUUGAUUCUGACUCAUAGCAAGUAGGAUAGAGUAGAACCGCUCCAUGGUGUUUCCAAAGCUGUAAUCUUUAUGGAAGCAGACUGCCACAUCUCUCUCCUGUGAAGCAGCUGGUGGGUUGGAACCACGAACCUUAUGGUUAGCAGCUGAGCACUUUAACAACUGCACUACCAAGCCUCCUUCAGCCUUGGCCUAGGUCUAUUAGAAACUUUGGGAGGUGGGGCCCAGGGAUCAGUAUUUAUUCAAAGCUCCCCGUGGGGCCUAAUGCCAUGACCAAGAAUCAUGAGCAUCGCUUCCCUCCUUUCUGCAUGAGGCUCCACCAUUACCAUAACCAGUAUUCUUCUCUUCCUUCCUCCCCAUCUUGGUGCAUCCGCUAAGAGGGAUGUGCUCACAUAAGCAGGUGUGUCCUUAGAUACUUCUGGGCAUGGUGGCCUAUAGGAACUAGCUGUCUCCCAAAGUGGCUGUCUAAAAAUGCUGGGACUCACCUCACUGGCUGGAAGCCAGCUGCCCAGAGACAGUUGUCCGUCUUUGUCUGACGGAUUCUCUGUGUAUUAUAAACUGAGGUUCUCUUUGGUAAUCUGGGCCACCACCAUAGAACGGACCUCUUUUUUCUAUUUCAGACCACUUUUUUUCCCCCCUGAACGUGGAGAACAACUGGCUUCUUUCUUAAAUCCCCAUUUUCAAGUCUCUGACAUUUACGGCUGAACUUGUGCCUGCCGUGCCCACGGUCCAGAGACACACUGUGGUGUUGAGAGCACGGGCAUUGCUGGCACCAUGCUUGUUCAGCACACAGAGGUUAUGCACAAACUUUUAGGAAUUUUUAGGAAUAAAAGAAGAUCAACAGAAAGGCCACAGCCCAUGAGGUUGUGGUCAUAUAGAAACAAGGCUAUUCCUAAAAAUGACGUAUAUUCUUCAUUUUAUUGAAUAGAUGCAUCCAAAUCAAUUGGUAUUAAAACAGAUUUUUCUCAAUCAAUUAAGAGCUUUCAUAGAGAAGAAAGAAAACGAUGGUGGAACCUGUAUCUGCUGGGAGUUACUGUUCUGGGAAACCCAUUCCAGGGCUCUCAAGGCUUGUCAAAUAUUUGAACUGGAUGUAGCACUUCGAGCAGUUUUUUUUUUCUUGGCUCUUUUCAUCUUUCUCCUUGAAGGUGUGAAUGAUGGAGACACAUUUGAAAUCUGUUUCCUCGAGAUACAAUUCACUCAGGAAAAGCCAAUUUAAGAAAAUGGUCCAUUUCUUCUUGAAAAAGCAGUUUGCCACCAAGCCUGGGGGCCUUAUUAUCCUAAAUGACUCUUCGGCCUGUAAAUCACUGCCCUAAGUAGCCAAAGGGAAGGAGUGCACCAGAUCCCUGAAAAAAUAACCAUUUUUUUUUUCAUUAUUAGCGGAACAAUUGACUUCCAUCUGCUAGGGUCACCUACCAACCCUGCCUGCAGUCAUGACACCAACGACUUCACCUGUUCCCCUUGAACUAUAAUUUUUAACUCUGUGCAAGCUCUACUGUAUAGCACACCUUCAAACUUUUCAUGUAUCCUAAUUAUUUCACUUCCAUACAGACCCAAGUCAUCUGGUGAUGGCACUCUGCCAUUGUGGUGGGUACUCACUCCAAAUGGUUUGCCUGUUCUGCCCAGGACCCCUUUCCUGGGAAAUAUGCUCAGGUAUGGGGGUUCAUAAAGUGAGCAGCAUCUCCCAUGCUCUGCCUCUCUGGCCACAGCUUACUGAAUCAGAGGGAUCUAUCAGUUAGGUUUAGAUUCAGUUGCAAGUGACAGAAAUCCCCAUAUAGUCACCUAAACAAGAUGGUCAUGUAUUUCUUUUUCACAUAAAAGAAGCCUGGACAUAGGCAGUCUGGGGCUGAUGUGGGGACUCCAUCAUCAUUAGGAACCUAAGCUCCUUCCUGCUGUGACUGCUUUCCUAGGAGUUGGCCUUUGUGCUGAUGGUCCAAGAUGGCGGUCGGAGCUCCAGCCACAUCAUCACAUCCAUGUUGUAGGUAACAGGAUAGAGGAAGAGAGAUAGUGAGGAGACCAAAUGCCCUAAUGCCAAGAAAACUUCCCAGAACACUCACAAAAUACAUUCUUAUAUCUCAUUGUACAGCAUUUAGCCUUAGGGCUACACUGAGACUCAAGGGAAGCUGGGAAUGCAGUCUUCUGGUUUUGUUAAAAAAAAUUGCCUCCUCCUCCCCACAGCCCCCCAUUUAAACUUAACCCUUCCCAGAAACGAAAAACUUGUGAUAAAGUUUUUCUGGGAAAAGUUUAAAUAAUUAGAUAAGCCAUAACUAGCUUAUAAAAUGCAGACGCAAAAACCUAAUAAACCAAUCCAAGCUGCCUCCUGCCAGUUAAGUGAAUGAAAGCCAGUCAUUUAAAAUUUCCUUUUAGGAAGUCCCCUAGCAGUCUGUGCUGUAUAUAAACUGACCAAAAUUGUAUUGUGACGAGUUUAUCUCUUGGGAGGUCUGCUCCCUGUUCUAGAACACUUUUUUCCACCCAGUAAAACCUUUUAGUUCUAAUUGACUUAUAACCCACUAACCAACCCACUGCCGUCGAGUCGAUUCCGACCCAUAGCAACCCUAUAGGACAGAGUAGAACUGUCUGAUAGAGUUUCCAAGGAGCGCCUGGCGAAUUUGAACUGCCGACCUCUUGGUUAGCAGCCAUAGCACUUAACCACUAUGCCACCAGGGUUUCCAAUUGACUUAUAGAUCACAUUUUUCUUUCAACAGUGUCAAUGUCAAGGUCAAGCUAAAUUUGAAAGUUUUAUCAUUGUUUUUUAAAAGUAUCAAACUAUAUAUUGGGUUAAGCCCAUUAGAUUUUCUUUUAUGAGUUUGUACUAAGAGACACCAACGAAACCAUUUUCUGGUGAUGGCAAGCUCUAGAGGCAUGUAGAUUUGUCCUGACAGUCCAGGUUGUUGAGGUUCAUGUAGAGGAAGCUGGGCAAGAGAGAGGAGACAGCAAAGAGAUGACCAUCAAAGGCGCCAUGCACCUCAGAGGAAGAUUUGAGAAUGACCUCAGGUCCUGACCCAGUUUCAUUUCUCAGGAGAUUUGGCUGGACAAUCAAUUCUACAUUCUUCAGAAAUCUCACAGUUUCAAAAACAAUUGUUUCAAGGGAGGAAAAGGUAUGGAUGCCGGAGAACUGCAGAUUCCCCAAAAAGAAGUGAUUUUUUUCCUGCAGUAAUAUCAAUAAUAAAGAUACUUUUUACAUACAUAUAUAUAGCUAUGAGAAUAAAAUCUAAACAUCACAGAGCAAAUUCAAUGUUUCAUGACUCUGGUUUUUGCUAAAAAAUCCUGUCCUUUCUUUUCCUAUCACUACAGCUCCAUCACUGAGGCAGAACAUUUUACAUAUCCUUAACUCCUUUAUCAUUGUUAUUGCCCUUUAUUGAGUAAACAAAGUCAAAGUUACCCAAACAAAGCCCUUGUGUUGCUCAGGCAACAGUUUUUUCUUGCAUUCACAGUAGUUCCUGAAUGUAUUAUUAGUUCUGGUAAAGACCUUGUUAUAACAAAUGGUGACCUUAGUAAUGCAGACUAUUUUCUUUAAUUAAUAGAAUUAAGUUAUAGCUAAUUUGUAUAACAAAAACCCACGCUCUAGGAGUAAUGCUUGUAUUUAAUUUCUGGCCCAUGCAUGCUGAGGAAAUUUUUUUUUCAUGAUACCUCUUUCUCCUUGAGCCUAUUUGAGUUAAAAAAAAAAAAAAACAAACAAAAACUCUUACCUAAGUCAGUUUAAAAAAGACAGGUGGAUCCCCUGUGAUGGAAAAACAGAGUUCAAUUAUCCAGUAGGCCAGGGGAUGGCAAACCAUUUAUGUAAAUAUCAAAGCCUUUGUGAGCCACACGCAGGAGCCCUGGUGGUACAGUGGUUAAGAGCUUGACUGCUAACCAGAAGGUUGGCAGUUCAAAUCCACCAGCUGAUCCUUGAAAACCCUGUAGGGCAGUUCUACUGUCCUAUGAGGUCACUAUGAGUCAGAAUCGACUUGCCAUUGCAGCAUGAAAUCACUCAUAGAUAAUAUAUAUAAAAAAUGAGUGUGGCUGUGUUCCAAUAAAACUUUAUUUAAAAAACAGGUGCCUGGUCUAAUUUGCCGUGAGGAGUGUAGUUUGCCCUGCACUAGACUAUAAGCUCCACGAGGUCAGAGACAUGCCUGAUUCAUUUCACACUAUACUCAGUUCCAGGAACCAAGCCUGGCACUUAUGUUGAAUAACUGAGUUAGUAAACUAUCAAUGCAACAUCAUUACCCCGUCUUAAAUCUGCAAAAUCUAGUAAGCCCCAUUCAACACGCUCUCUUAUUGGCCUUCUGAUUUUCCUUAAAAACUCUAAAAAUAUAUCUUUUCCCAAAAUUUCACAGCUUAAAUAUACCACAGAGAAUACACUCAUGGCCUAGAUUCUCAGGCACUGAAUCGUCUAAAAAGCAGAAGGGAAAAUGGUGGAGAAAACUUUCUGGGGAGCAAAACCGCCAUUAGAUGAGCAGUUUCGCUGAGGUGAUGUGGAAGAAAGUCUGACUGAGUGGGCUUAGGGAGAGUGGGAAGAGAGGAGGUGGAAGUAUUGAGUAUAAGACAACUCCUUCAAGGAGUUUUGCAAAGAAGGGGAGUAGAGAAAAGGGGCAAUAGCUGGAAUGAUAGUUCAAGAGAGGUUUGGUGAGAUUUCCUACAGUAGUCAGCUGCAGGUAAAAUCUGAAAGAUGGUGACCAGGUAUAUUCAGGGCUGGGAAGCUGCCCGAUGGGUGGAGCCAAAGGACUGGGGAGUAAGGCCAUCCAGGAUACUGCUUAGAGUGGCCAGAGUGAAGCCCCUGGGUCUGGGCUGGAUGACCAAGGAGGGAAAACCAUAAGCCCCGGGAGGAAGAAAGUGAAAGAACCAAAGAGAGAGAACGCUGUACUCAGAGAGAAAUAUAUGGGAAUUUAGGAUCAAAGAGGUGAAGCAGUUGAUGCCAAGGUCCAUACUGGAAGAAAUGGGAAUGAGUUUCUUAACUGGAGUGUUAGUCUUAGAUGAAUGAGGAAGAAUGACCAGGAAAUCAGAAGUUUAGAAGAAAAAAGAAAUAGUGGGAGAGAAAGAAACUAACAUCUGUUGAGCACCUACUGUAGACUAGGUGCUUUUUACAUGUACUAUCUCUUAAAAUUUCAGAAGUCUGAAGUAUUAAAAUUUCCAUGUAGACCUGAGAAAAUUGCAAUUUGGAGGAUAAAUAACAUGCCCAAAAAUCACACAGCUAGCAAAUGGUCAGAAUUUGAACUGAUUCUCUAAAGCCCAUUCUCCACUCAUCUUUCAAUUUGUCAUACUAUGGGAACUUGCAUGUUGCUGUGAUCCUGGAAGCUACGCCACCAGUAUUCAAACACUGGCAGGGUUACCUAUAGCAUACUGGUUUCAGCUGAGCUUCCAGACUAAGACAGACUAGGAAGAAGGACAUGGUGGUCUAGUUCUGAGAAGAAUUAGCCAGUGAAAACCUUAUGAACAGCAGCAGAACGUUGUUUGAUAUAGUGCUGGAAGAUGAGCCCCUCAGGUUGGAAGGAACUCAAAAGAUGACUGGGGGAGAGCGGCCUUCUCAAAGUAGAGUCAACCUUAAUCAUUUGCUGAUGUAUCACUACUCAGAAUGAGAAGAAACAGCUGCAAACAUCCAUUAAUAAUCAGAAAGUGGAAUGUAAGAAGCAAGAAUCUAGGAAAGUUGGAAAUCAUCAAAAAUGAAAUGGAAUGCAAACACAUUAAUAUUCUAGGAUUAGUGAGCUGAAAUGGACAGUUAUUGGCCAUUUUGAAUUGGACAAUCAUAUGGGCUACUAUUCCAGGAAUGACAACAUGAAGAAUGGUGUUGUAUUCUUCAUUAAAAAGAACAUUUCAUGUUUGUGAACAAUUCAAAAAAAAGAUGAAAAAAGUUCCUGUGGAUGUUUUUGUGUAGUAUCUUGGCCUUUGUAUUGAUAGUUUAAAGUUCACUUCCAAAUAAAACUCCCAUGAUGCUAGAUUUGGUGUGUGCCCAAUUUGAACUAGGGUUGAUCGACACCUGUAAAAUUUGUUGAAACCUUCCUCUUGUAAGGAAAUACAGUGAUUUUAAAUUAAAAAAAAAAAAAAGAACAUUUCAAGAUCUAUCCUGAGUACAACGAUGUCAGUGAUAGGAUAAUAUCCAUAUGCCUACAAGGAAGACAAGUUAAUAUGACUAUUAUUCAAAUUUAUAUACCAACCACUAAGGCCAAAGACAAGGAAACUGAAGAUUUUUACCAACUUCUGCAGUCUGAAAUUGACCAAACAUGCUAUCAGGAUGCAUUCGUAAUUACUGGUGAUUGGAAUGCGAAAGUUGGAAAUGAAGAAGGAUUGGUAGUUGGAAAAUAUGGCCUUGGUGACAGAAAUGAUGCCAGAGAUUGCAUGACAGAAUUUUGCAAGACCAACGAGUUCUUCAUUGCAAAUAUUUUUUUCAACAAUAUAAAUGGCGACUAUACGUGUGGACCUGGCCAGAUGGAAUACACAGGAAUCAAAUCAUUUGUGGAAAGAGACGAUGGAUAAGUUCAAUAUCAUUAGUCAGAACAAGGCCAGGGGCUGACUGUGGAACAGACUAUCAAUUGCUCAUAUGCAAGUUCAAGUUGAAACUGAAGAAAAUUAGAACAAGUCCAUGAAAGCCAAAGUAUGACCUUGAGUAUAUUCCACCUGAAUUUAGAGACCAUCUCAAGAAUAGAUUUUAUGUGUUGAACACUAAUGACUGAAGACCAGAAGAGAUGUGGAAUGAAGAAAGCAAGAGGUCAUUAAAAAGACAGGAAAAAAAGAAAAGACAAAAAUUGAAGUCAGAAGAGACUCUGAAACUUUCUCUUGAAUGUCAAGUAGCUAAAGCAAAAGGAAGAAAUGAUGAAGUCAAAGAGCUGCACAGAAGAUUUCAAAGGGCAGCUUGAGAAGACAAAGUAAGGUAUUACGACAUGUGCAAAGACAUGGAGUUAGAAAACCAAAAGAGACGCUUGGCAUUUCUCAAGCUGAAAGAACUGAAGAAAAAAUUCAAGCCUCAAGUUGCAAUACUGAAAGAUUCUAGCGGGAAAAUAUUACACUACAGAGGAGGCAUCAAAAGAAGGUGAAAGGAAUACAUACAGUCACUGUACCAAAAAGAACUGGUCAACGUUCAACCGCUUCAGGAGGUAGCAUGUGAUCAGGAACCCAUGGUACUGAAGAAAGAAGUCCAAGCUGCACUGAAUGCAUUGGCAAAAAACAAGGCUCCAGGAAUUGACAGAAUGCCAAUUGAGAUGUUUCAACAAACAGAUGUAGUGCUGGAAGUGCACACUUGUCUAUGUCAAGAAAUUUGGAAGACAGCUACCUGGCCAACCGAAUGGAAGAGAUCCAUAUUUAUGUCUAUUCCCAAGAAAGGUGAUCCAAAAAAAUAUCAUUAAUACCACAUGCAAAUAAAAUUUUCCUGAAGAUCAUUCAAAAGCUGCUACGGCAGCAUAUCGACAGGGAACUGCCAGAAAUUCAAGCCAGAUUCACAAGAGGACAUGGAACCAGGGAUAUCAUUGCUGAUGUCAGAUGGAUCCUGGCCGAAAAAAGAGAAUACCAGAAAGAUGUUUACCUGUGUUUUAUUGACUAUGCAAAGGCAUUUGACUGUGUGGAUCAUAACAAAUUAUGGAUAACAUUGUGAAGAAUGGGAAUUCCAGAACACUUACUUGUGCUCAUGAGGAAUCUAUUCACAGAUCAAGAGGCAGUUGUUUGAACAGAACGAGUGGAUAGUGUGUGGUUUAAAGUUGGAAAAGAUGUGCCUCAGGGUUGUAUCCUUUCAUCAUGCUUAUUCAAUCUGUAUGCUGAGCAAAUAGUCCAAAAAGCUGGACUAUAUGAAGAAGAACGGGGCAACAGUAUUGGAGGAAGACUCAUUAACAACCUGCAACAUGCAGAUGACACAACCUUGGUUGCUGAAAGCGAAGAGGACUUGAAGCACUUACUAAUGGAGAUCAAAGACCACAGCCUUCAGUAUGGGUUGCACCUAACAUAAAGAAAACAAAAAUCCUCACAACUGGACCAGUAAGCAACACCAUGAUAAACAGAGAAAAGAUUGAAGUCGUCAAGGGUUUCAUUUUACUUGGAUCCGUAAUCAACACCCAUGAAAGCAGCAGUCAAGAAAUCAACGAUGCAUUGCUUUGGGCAAAUCUGCUGUAAAAGACCUCUUUAGCGUGUUAAAAAGCAAAGAUGUCCCCUUGAAGACUAAGGUGUACCUGACCCAAGCCAUGGUGUUUUCAAUAACCUCAUGUGUUUGGGAAAGCUGAACAAUGAAUAAAGAGGACCAAAGAAGAAUCGACACCUUUGAAUUGUGAUGUUGGCAAAGAAUACUGAAUAUACUGUGGACUGCAAAAGAACGAACAAAAUCUGUCUUGGAAGAAGUACAGCCAGAAUGCUUCUUUGAAGCAAGGAUGGUGAGACUUUUUCUCACACACGUUGGACGUGUUAUCAGGAGGGAUUAGUCCACAGAGAAGGACAUCAUGCUUGGUAAAGUAGAGGGUCAGCGAAAGGGAAGAAGACCCUCAAUGAGAUGCAUUGACACAGUGGCUGCAACAGUGGGCUCAAAUUUGGACAAUAGAGAAUAGGAUGGGUAUGAAACAAAAGCAGAGCAUCCAAGCAGGGUGAGAAGGAAAAGGGCAGAAAUGGAAUUGGCUCAUUUAGCUCUCAGUUUUCUUCUGGAGAAUGUCCAUCCAGAGCUCUUUUUUAACUUUGGAGGGAUUUUUUUUUUUUUUUAAUGAGGAAAACCCGGUGCACAGCUGACAUCAAUCAUCAGAGAAAAGUGACAAUAGAAAACUAUGAGGUUGGAGAGAUUAAAGCAAUAACAUACUUUGAGGUCAUUCAGUUUAGGGGCAAAUAAUCUUAACAUUUCUCAUUAGUUAUUGGGAGCAGUGUUAUUUUUUACAACACAGUAUGACUUUGAGGUUAUCAAGAAAAAAAUUAACUAUUUUUAGUUUUUUGUUUUUAACUGAGGCUGGGGAAAGUGGAAAGCACUUGAGAAAAUUUUUCACAAAAAAAUGUUUAAAAUUAAGUGUUUUAAUACUUCAAAAUUGGUCUUGAGUUUUAUUGAAACUUUACUUGUUAGGAAUACAAUGUAGUAGAUACUGUGAACUGACUUGCUCAACACUUAAUUCAUCUUCCUUAGAAUGUACCUCUCUGUACUGUAGAGUCUAGAAAGCUAAAAACUACAUUUCCUAGACUUCCUUACAAUUAGAUUUCCAUAUUUGAUUUAGGUUCCUUUGGACUGAUAAAUUUGUUUCAAACUUGGAUUUGGAACUAAGUAAAGUGUGGAAAAGGAGCCCUGGUUAAGCACAGUGGUUAAGCACUCGGCUGCUAACCAAAAGGUUGGCAGUUUGAACCCACCAGCCGCUCCAUGAGAGAAAGAUAUGGCGGUCUACUUCAGUAAAGAUUACAGCCUUGGAAACCCUAUGGGGGAAGUUGUACUCUUCUAUAGGAUCACCAUGAAUUGGAAUCAACUUGACAGUAACAGGUUUUAAAGCGUGGAAAGAGG